GGUUACUGACUGCGUCAUUGAAUUUUCGCAUGCGGAAGUGAAAGUGUUGACAGCGUUUAUAUUUUCUUCCUAAGCUGGUGAUUAACUCGUAAAAACAGCAUAUAAAAAGACUCUCUGAGCAGCAUCGCCAAUAUGUCUGCCGCAAACCCGAAACAAACGAUAAUGAAUCCAACGAUUCCUUAUGCUGGUACCAUCCUGGGCGGACUUCAACCCGGAGAGAUGGUGCUCAUUCAGGGCAGUGUUCUCAAUGAUUCAGACCGAUUUCAGGUUGACUUGACCUGCGGGAGCAGCAUGAAGCCUCGGGCAGACGUGGCCUUUCAUUUUAAUCCUCGCUUCAAGCGGUCUCCCUACAUCGUCUGUAACACACUGCAGAAGGAGUACUGGGGGAAAGAGGAGAUCCACUACCUGAUGCCCUUCAGACACGGAGCUGCCUUUGAGAUCAUCAUACUCGUGCAGAAGGAUUUGUUCAAGGUGGCGGUAAAUGGCUCUCACCUGCUGGAGUACAGGCACAGGCUGGAGCUCAAGAAGGUGGACACGCUGGCCAUAUCAGGGAAGGUUCAGAUUCAAGCCAUUGGGUUUAUUCCCAGUUCAGUGAGCAAGAGCUCCAUAACACCUUCAAAUGCAGUUGCAAGCAAAAGAUCACAGCCUUAUUCAGUCAUGUCGGAGUCAGGUGACACGAGUCUUCCAUUUAAGAGCAAACUGGCGAAAGGAUUGAGUCCAGGAGAUUCCAUUAUGGUGAAGGGGCAGAUCUCUGGUUCCCCAGAGAGUUUCGCUGUUAACCUGCGCAUCAGUAACUCAGAGGACAUUGCUUUUCACUUAAACCCUCGUUUCAAAACAGGUUCCUUCGUUAGAAACUCUUUCCUGUCUGGUUGUUGGGGGGUUCAGGAGACCUCCAUCCCCAGCUUUCCCCUUUCACCCGGGCAAUACUUUGAGAUGAUCAUCCUGUGUGAGGCUCAGGAGUAUAAAGUGGCAGUAAACGGGUUCCACCAGCUGAAAUACAAGCACCGUGUGCAGGAUCUAAGUUGCGUGGAUGUGAUCGAGAUUUUGGGAGAUCUAGAGCUUAAGGAUGUGAAGAUCUGGUGAGCAGCUCCAGCUUGACGACCAUUUUCCUCCAACCAAGUGUAUUUAAUCAACCUGAGACUCCUGCAGCUGAAGCUAAUCUGUACUAUUGAAGUUUAUUCAAGUAUUCAAUAAUUUGAAUUUGGGCUAAAAUGCGUCCUGGUGUGGCCGUUCUCAUCUGACCGAACAUUAUACUCCUCAACCACUUUGUCUAACAGUUAGCAUGUUUGAAGUUUUAUUCUUUGUUGUUUUGUUGGCUUGUUUGUUUUAAGUGUUAAAUUUCAGUUGAUUAUAAUAUUGAUAAGGUGUGAUCUGAAUGACAAGAAGUUGCCCAUGACUAAGAUAAACCCCAGUCGCUGAUUAUUAGUUGAGGAGAUUUGGAGAUGAUUUGAACUUGAGCCUGAUUGAGGUGCAGUUGUCUCCACGACUUUUUGUGUGGAACACGAAAACUAAACAUGGUUGCAAUGGGUCAAAAAAGGUUGCAACAGAUGGACGGAAAAAAAAAUACCAUCUGGCAGGAUGUUAAUGGUUGUGUGACUGUAAUUGUACUGUCUGUCUAGCCAUUUGUUUUCCGAAUCAUUCCAAGCUAAUUUCCAGGCAUUUGGAAAAUUACAGAUUGCAGCUUUGAAUUUUACACUGUUAGGGCAAAAACAGGGCUGAAAAACAUACCCAUCCAUUAACCAUCCCAAUCAUGAGUAUAAUAAUUGAAGUUGAGUUUCUUAAAACAUUUCAAUUUCCUUCCUGCGGGGAUGUGUCAUUUUUACAUCAGACAAGCAUUUGAUUUGCUAAUGCAAGGCCUGCACUAAUGCAUUUGACUUGGCAUGAUAGGAAUAUCAAAUCAAUAAAUCACGUUCACCAUUGGUUUCCAGAACUAAAGAUAAGCACUUUUUUUUUUUUGGUUUGUUUAUAUUUAUAGUUAAUAACAGAACUAUGCAACAUUCCAGCAGCCAAAAUUGCUUUUUGCUACUACUAGUUUUAUGAAUUAUCUGAUAAUUUGUUUUAUAUAUAUAUAUAUAAAAUUUGUGUUUUGUUCCUCUGAUAUCUGUUGAUAAAUGCAUUAAAGAUAAGCAAUAUAAUAAAAAUAUAUAAUACAU